GACAGUGCUGCUAUUGCUGCUGUUGCUGUAGGCAGUGCUGCUAUUGCUGCUGUAGACAGUGCUGCUAUUGCUGCUGUAGACAGUGCUAGUAUUGCUGUUGUAGGCAGUGCUGAUAGUGCUGCUGUUGACAGUGCUGCUAUUGCUGCUGCUGUUGCUGUAGGCAGUGUUGGUAUUGCUUCUGGUGCUGUUUGCGGUGCUGCUAUUUGCUGGUGGUGGUGGUGGUGGCUCUGCUGGGUGCAGAGAUGGGCGAGCGGAUGGCUCCACACAUCAUCCUGCUGACCUACGGAGACUUUAACCCAAUCACCAAAGGACACCUGGGCAUGUUCGAAGCGGCCCGCGCCCACCUGCACGCGAGCGGGGACUGCACGGUGAUCGGAGGCCUCAUUGCGCCCUGCCACGACUCGGGCAACAAGCACGCGCUGCUGCCAAGUCACCACCGGCUGACCAUGUGCCACCUCGCAGUGCGCUCCUCACACUGGAUCCGAGUGGACCCCUGGGCCUGCCUGCAGGACAGCGUGCAGUCGGCACGGUCGGUCCUCGAGCAUCACCGCAACCUCCUGAAGCAAAUGAGCGGCUGCAUCUUCUGUGACGUGACGUCCCCCGUGGCGGCGGCAUCAGCGCCGGCGGCGAGCGCGCGCCGGGGGCGCGGAGACGCGGCACCGCCGCAGGGCAGCGUGGGCCACCAGCCGGCGCCGCGCGGGCCCUCCGGCCCCGGCCUGCCGGCCGGGAAACCCACCCCGGGGAAAAUUCUCGACAAUCUGGGAGGAAACCUCACGGUGAUGUGCUGCUCGCGCCCGGACACGGACGCGUUCAGCUUUAUCGACGAGAACGCCAACAUGGGGAAUGUGCUGCGUUACGAAGAGAUCGACAUGAGAGUCAUGCUGCUGUGUGGCAGUGACCUCCUGGAGUCCUUCUGCAUUCCCAACCUCUGGAGCGAGAAGGAUCUGAAGAGCAUCCUGGGAGACUUUGGGUUGGUGUGCGUGCCGCGUGAAGGUCACGACCCCUCGCGCAUCAUCGCGCAGUCUCCGCUGCUCAGCAAGUACAGGCACAAUAUCAUCACUGUCACGACAGGCAAGAGCACAGCAACCUCUUCCAUCAGCUCCACAGAGAGCAGGCUGGCGCUGGAGAGGGGCGACGCCGGCGUCUCUCAGCUCCUGAGCCAAGCGGUCAUCGACUACAUCCUCCAGAAUCGCCUCUACACCGCGGAGGCCGCCGCCGGGACUGCCGUCACCGUCACCGCCGGCACCGCCGGCACCGCCGGCGCCGCCGCCGCCGCAACCAUCGGAACCGCAACCGCCUAAAAAAAGCACCGCGCUGGCAACGCGGAGCCCGCCCCGGUCACGACGGUGGCUUCACUGCCGCUGGCGUCAGCCGGCACCGGUUAUUCUAAACCCAGCGCGGAGUGGGGAACAGAAGCUUAGACAAGUUAGGAAAGGGAAAAAUCACACGGACGCGUGGAUUCUGUGACACCGCCGCAGCACGCGUCCAGUCGUCCUGUGAGGCGUUGAAUUGGCGUAAGGAACGGCGAAGGGGUGGGGAAAGCAGCGGUCGAGGCAUGUUGAGAGUCGUGCUUUGCUCUCCGUCUCCAAGUCCUCGAGCAAUAACCCCCUCGGAUCAAUGUAUCCGGUUUUCUCCGGGAGGGGGGCCGGGGGGGGGGAGGGGGGUGUCGAGUCCCGAGUAGCAAUGCAACUUCACAUUAAAGAUUAGUUCGGAUCAGAUCAUCUCGACAGGAGUAAUUGUGGCCCCCACCUCCCACCCCCCACCCUCCCCCCCCCCCAUCCCCACACCGUUAUAGACGGACACGCGGACACACGGACGGGACAGAGCUGACGCAUAAACACUUUCACAUCCCUGAACACGAUGAGAGUAAUGGGAUGGUACGUGAGACGGAAGUCGUGAUGACAUUUAAACCUACCUAUUUUUUUUUUAUUUGAAGCUUUCGUGACUGCAGGAAUCCAUACUCGUUGUCUCUUUCGGUAAAGUCACGUAGGUAGAAAAAAAUAAUAGGUAACGGCAUUUCGAUCGCAACACAAGCAACCGCCUUCAGGUGAAAAAGAGGGGGGAACCUGCUGAGGCAGGUUGUUGAUAAAGGUUUAGAGAUGGGCGGGACAGCUAAUGUUAAUGUAGGAGCGAGCUUACAUUUACACUUACGAGCAGAUUUCCAGGCCCUAGCCGAGUUCGGCCCUCACCGAGCUUACAUGUAUUUAUCUCUCCUACCCGUACUCGCCUGCUCGCUCCUAUUAUUAUUAUUUUUUUCUACCUACGUGACUUUACCGAAAGAACCAAAGAGUAUACGUACCUAAUUGCCCGUGAAACUCGCAACAAAAUUUGCUUUGAGCGAUGAUGUCCUUAAUGUAACGAGGCCUAACCACACCGAGACUAUACACAGGGUGGCGCUAAAGUCAGACCACGUAGGGUUAAUGUCAUAUAUGUUAUUAUAAUUUGUAUUUAUUCGUUAAGUUAAUGUAUUAUCUAUUAUGAUUAUUAAUAUCUGUUUCUAUUCUCCCUGCGGGGGACACCUCAAAUCCGUCGUUUACAAAACUCGGCCAAGAACCCAGAAUGGAUCGAGACUAAACAACAAUGGCCAAGGUAACAUUGGACGAAUGUUCAUUGCCUGCUAUCGUUUAACAAAAAAAAAAAGCAAACGUCCUAAUUUAAUUUUCAAAGGUGAAUUCCCCGCGUUCGUCAACUUUCCAUGGGAGUCCAUUUGGACGUUUGUUCAACUUAAUUAAAUAACCCGUUUGUGCAUUUGUUCAAAUGAAUAUCAUGACCCAGCGUGUGUGUCCUGACGUUCGGGCCACCCUGCAGAUCAAUCCCUUGCUUGAGGGCGAAUCAAAAGGCGAUAGCAACGCUCACGUGAAGACCGCCGUUUGUGAAUGAUUUUUUUCACAGUUACGGUGUUUAACUGAUUUUUGUCGCGAACUAUUUCCAAACGUACAAUGUUUUGCCACACCGGCUGCCAGUGUAAGAACCAUCACGUGUCUUGGUGUUCCACUCGGUGUAAGAACCAUCACGUGUCUUGGUGUUCCACUCUGUGUAAGAACCACCACAUGUCUUGGUGUUCCACUCGGUGUAAGAACCAUCACGUGUCUUGGUGUUCCACACGGUGUAAGAACCAUCACGUGUCUUGGACUUCCACUCUGUGUAAGAACCAUCACGUGUCUUUGUGUUCCACUUGGUGUAAGAACCAUCACGUGUCUUGGUGUUCCACACGGUGUAAGAACCAUCACGUGUCUUGGUGUUCCACUCGGUGUAAGAACCAUCGCGUGUCUUGGUGUUCCACACGGUGUAAGAACCAUCACGUGUCUUGGUGUUCCACUCGGUGUAAGAACCAUCACGUGUCUUGAUGUUCCACUCGGUGUAAGAACCAUCACGUGUCUUGGUGUUCCACACGGUGUAAGAACCAUCACGUGUCUUGGUGUUCCACUCGGUUUAAGAACCAUCACGUGUCUUGGUGUUCCACACGGUGUAAGAACCACCACGUGUCUUGGUGUUCCACACAGUGUAAGAACCAUCACGUGUCUUGGUGUUCCACUCGGUGUAAGAACCAUCACGUGUCUUGGUGUUCUACACGGUGUAAGAACCAUCACGUGUCUUGGUGUUCCACUCGGUGUUAGAACCAUCACGUGUCUUGGUGUUUCACUCGGUGUAAGAACCAUCACGUGUCUUGGUGUUCCACUCUGUGUAAGAACCAUCACGUGUCUUGGUGUUCCACACGGUGUAAGAACCAUCACGUGUCUUGGUGUUCCACACGGUGUAAGAACCAUCACCUGUCUUGGUGUUCCACUCGGUGUAAGAACCAUCACGUGUCUUGGUGUUCCACUCGGUGUAAGAACCAUCACGUGUCUUGGUGUUCCACUCGGUGUUAGAACCAUCACGUGUCUUGGCGUUCCACACGGUGUAAGAACCACCACGUGUCUUGGUGUUUCACUCGGUGUUAGAACCAUCACGUGUCUUGGUGUUACACUCGGUGUAAGAACCAUCACGUGUCUUGAUGUUCCACACGGUGUAAGAACCAUCACGUGUCUUGGUGUUCCACUCAGUGUAAGAACCAUCACGUGUCUUGGUGUUCCACACGGUGUAAGAACCAUCACGUGUCUUGGUGUUCCACUCGGUGUAAGAACCAUCACGUGUCUUGGUGUUCCACUCGGUGUAAGAACCAUCACGUGUCUUGGUGUUCUACACGGUGUAAGAACCAUCACGUGUCUUGGUGUUCCACUCGGUUUAAGAACCAUCACGUGUCUUGGUGUUCCACUCGGUUUAAGAACCACCACGUGUCUUGGUGUUCCACAAACGGCCUGUUCCCUGACUAUGGAUGUCCUCGUCAGACACUGUAUAAUCACAAUAAUUAAUAAUCACUGUGUAGUUUUAGAUGCAGCACAGCAUAGCAGGGUCGUUGUUCUUGCAAAUUGCCUCCCUCACAAUGGCCGAGGAGCCGCAGACGAGGAGCGGAAGGGCAGCAGCAGCAGCCACGAGGUGGUGAUGAGCCAGCGCUACCAAUCAAUUGUCCAACCUCUGCAGUCCUCUAUACAUUAAGAUGUUAUCCGACGAUUCGUUUUUUGUUUUUUUUUCUUUCUUAAUAUGCCCGGGCAAUCGUUACUGCAAUCUCGGGAUGCGUUGCCGUUCAUUUCAUUUCUUUGGGAGUUAUUUCGGCACGCCUGACAACAUCGAGUCGACGUAUCAAGUCUGAUUUGGUCCGACAAACGACCGCUUCUGAUUGAUCUUGAGAGAAAUGAGACGCGCGUCACCGGAAGUGACGUCACAGAAGGUACGUUGCCGUGCCCGCUGCCAUUUUCCGUCGCUUUUUGUGAGCGCGAAGGCGCGGUUGAAUCGGAAACGAGCACGCUAAUGCCCCGGAAAAAGAAAAAAAAACUACACCACAAUCCUCCUUAAACAUAUGAAUGCAAUCCCAAACUCAUCCCGGCUCUGUGCAAUGAUAAAACAUCGCUUCGACUA